GUGACUACGUCACAACAUUUAUCCUUAUCACAUUUAAGUUUUCUAUAAAAAUACCAUUAAAGUCUUCACUUUUCAACAACAUCAUUAUAUAAAAUCUUGGACUCUGAGUCUGUUGAGUUUCUGCAAGGAUGGCGGAGGAGGUGAUUUUGUUGGAUUUUUGGGCCAGCAUGUUUGGCGCGAGGGUGAGAAUUGCAUUGGCGGAGAAAGGGAUCAAGUAUGAGCACAAAGAGGCUGAUUUGUGGAACAAGAGCCCUUUGCUUUUGGAGAUGAACCCCAUUCAUAAAAAGAUCCCGGUUCUUAUUCACAAUGGGAAACCCGUCUGUGAAUCUUCCAUCAUUGUUCAGUACAUUGAUGAGGUUUGGAAGGAUAAAACUCCUUUGCUCCCUUCUGAUCCUUUUGAGCGGGCUCAAUCUAGAUUCUGGGUAGAUUUCAUUGACAAGAAGUUGUAUGAUCCUGGGAGGAAUACAUGGGCCAAAACAGGUGAAGCACAGGAGGAGGCAAAGAAGGAAUUCAUUGAAGUAAUCAAGACCUUGGAAGGGCAGCUGGGAGACAAGCCAUACUUCGGCGGCGAGACCUUCGGGUUCGUCGACUUAUCUCUGAUAUCUUACUACUGCUGGUUCCAUGCACAUGAGACGUACGCCAAGUUCAGUUUAGCAGCAGAGUGCCCCAAGUUCACUGCUUGGGCUAAGCGAUGUAUGGAGAGGGAAAGUGUUGCAAAGUUACUCCCUGACGAGAAGAAAAUUCUGGGAUUUGUUGUAAAGUUGAGGAAAUAUUUUGGGUAUGAAUAAAGGGGAUUUAGAAUUAAGUUAAGGCAAUUGCUGCUGUCUGAGCCUUGUGUUUUGUAGUUUUGGUUUCUGAAUUAAUUGGAGAAAAUGGGCCCUCUCACUGUGUCCUUUGUGGUUUGGUUUCGGGA